AGAUACAGAGAGCCUGAAUAAGUCUGUGAACUACUGUAUGUGGAGACAUGAAGAGCAACAGCAGCCUGAACCCUCCCUACUUUCAGUUGACUCUGUUUGCAGACUUUGGGCCCCUCAGAUACCUGUUCUUCAUCUUGUGUCUGUUCAUCUAUGUGACUAUAGUCUCUGCUAACAUGGUCAUUAUUCUGGCAGUGUUCCUGGAGAAGUCUCUGCAUCAGCCCAUGUAUAUUUUCAUCAGCUGUCUGUGUGUAAACUCUCUGUAUGGCUCAGCUGGAUUCUUCCCCAGGUUCCUGCAGGACAUCGUCUCUGACUCUCAUUUGGUCUCACGUCCACUAUGCUUUAUUCAGAUGUAUGUUAUUUACACCUAUGCUUCCUGUGAGCUGACCAUCCUCACUAUCAUGGCCUACGAUAGAUUCAUUGCUAUCUGUCAGCCCUUACACUACCACAGUAAAAUGACCUUCAAAUGGGUGCAGGUUCUUGUGCUUGUUGCUGUUUUCUACCCAGUGUCUACGAUGGGCUUCUGCCUCUAUCUUACUGUUAGAUUACCGCUGUGUGGAAAUAAACUGAACCGGAUUUUCUGCUCUAACUGGCCUGUGGUGCAGCUCUCCUGUGUGGACACCACUCCAAACAAAGUCACAGGUCACUUUCUCACGGUGACCAGCAUCCUAAUGCCCCUAUUCUUCGUCCUGUACACAUAUCUACGGAUUCUGCUGGUCUGCAGCAGGAGAUCGUCUGAAUUCAGAGGAAAGGCGUUACAAACCUGCCUGCCUCACAUCGUGACCUUUAUGACCUACUCCAUCUCUCUCUUCUGCGAGCUGUCUUUGACUCGAUUUGAGGCUGAUCAACUGAAUCCAAGCAUCGCAGUUAUUUUGUCCUUAGCGUAUCUGAUCAUUCCCCCCCUCAAUAACCCUAUAGUUUAUGGCCUGGGUCUGCCUCAAAUCAAAGGAGUCAUAUUAAGAUGUCUGAAGAAGGGUCCUGCUGCUGAAAUAUAA